AUGCGGAGCGGACCAGGGCUGAGCACACUCUGCCAUUCGCGUGGUGGUGAGGAUCGCCGGCCGUGGGAACACUGUCACACUAUCAAGCAACUAGCGUGUGUUCGUGUGGGUGUUGUGGGUGAAAUUGUUAUCUCCACCCCUGACGUCAGGAGCUCCUAUCAACACGGGCUGGUGUACUUGAAUAUGCCAAGAGGUCACGCCGGCUCCGCACCUCCAGGGGUGGGCGGGUCCUGGGAUCUGGCCUCCGCCGCCCGGGUCCCGCCCCGGUCCCUGCGGGGCUGUGCCCGGAGGCCCCGCCCCCCGCCCACGAGGAAGUGGCUGCGGCGCUGCGCGGGGCUCAGAGCCGGUUCGGCGCGUCGACUGUCCAGAGUCCGCGGCCGGGGCGCCCCGAGGAGACAAGUGACUAUGGCCUACCACAGCUUCCUCGUGGAGCCCAUCAGCUGCCAUGCCUGGAACAAGGACCGUACACAGAUCGCCAUCUGCCCCAACAACCAUGAGGUGCACAUCUAUGAGAAGAGUGGAGCCAAGUGGAACAAGGUUCACGAGCUGAAGGAGCACAACGGGCAGGUGACAGGCAUCGACUGGGCCCCUGAGAGUAACCGCAUUGUGACCUGCGGAACAGACCGCAAUGCCUAUGUGUGGACACUGAAGGGCCGCACAUGGAAGCCUACACUGGUCAUCCUGCGGAUCAACCGAGCUGCCCGCUGUGUGCGCUGGGCCCCCAAUGAGAACAAGUUCGCCGUGGGCAGUGGCUCCCGUGUCAUCUCAAUCUGUUAUUUUGAACAGGAGAAUGACUGGUGGGUGCUUGGUUUGGGUCAGAGAAGGCUGGGGUGA